AUGCAUGAAUCGUUCAUUGAAACAACGAACAUUACAAGUUACUGGCAGUUUCUUCGCAUGAUCAAUUGGUACGAACCAUGGCUCAUUGCACUGGGUGGUUUUCAUGUUAUCUGUUUAUUGAUUAUCAUUUUAACUCGGGGACACGUGAAUAUUCAAGUCCUGAUUUUUCUCGCACUUCUCUCGUGCAUUUACUGUGCGGAAUAUAUUAAUGAAUUAGCAGCAAAAAAAUGGCAAUUAUUUGCUGAAGAUCAACACUUCGAUAGUCAAGGAAUGUUUAUUUCAACUGUUUUAUCUUUACCAGUUAUUAUCAAUUGCUGUGUUAUUGUUAGUAUUUGGUUAUAUGAAUCAAUUUAUUUAAUUCGGCUUUAUAUAAAAACAAUAAAAAAGCGACGUCAAGAACAAAUAAGUGCAAUUGGAGAGAAAAAAAUUUAUCACAUAAGUUUAGUCGUUUUCAUUCUCAUUACUAUGAUAUUUUUUUCCAAGCAAAAAAACGGUGGCCAACGUUCAUCAAGUACGGAAGCAUGUGUAUCUAUACUGGGUCUUUUUGUUGCCGUGGGACUUGUCGGUGGAUUGGCUGCACUCAUUUAUGGUUUAGUCAAAGGAAGUGCGUCGGGAGUGAUUGGUGGUGGUGUUGUUCUCGGUGUAUCAGUAGUUACCGGUGUUAUUCUUGCUUUAGUUUUUAUAUUCUGUUUAAAAAAUGUCGUUGACGAAUCCAAUGAAAGCAAUCAACAGGCAACAAAUCGAGGACGUCAACGACAUCGGCGGCAUCAUGGUGAACGGGAACCAACAACUUCGCACGAAGUGUCUCAUGUCACAGCAAUGCACAGAUAUGAUCAUCAACAUCGUCCGCCACGAACAACCAGUGACGCCGAAAUACAGAUUAAACAAACUCCUUUAUCACCAUCAAAAGUGUCGUCGUCUAUGCAUUUGAAUCAAAGUCAUAAUUCUGUGAACAAUCCUCAACAUCAGCUGGUAAUGACUUCCAAUGUUUAUCAAAAAAGCCAUCAACGUCAUUGA